AUGGAACAGACAGUAAAUGAAGAAUAAAUGGAUGUCAAGAAGGACAACCAAGAGAAAACUAAUCAUUCAAGUACAUCUUCAGUGCAAAGCAAUAAUUUUCACUGGGGCAAGUAUUUGAAAGAGACUGGAUCUGAAAGAGCUCCUUCAGAAUAUUUCAGACAGUCACCAACUAAUGAAUUCCAAGUUGGUAUGAAAUUGGAAGCCCAUGACCCUCGCAAUAUUGUGUCAGUGUGUGUUGCUUCCGUUACUGGAAUUACUGGAGCCAGAUUAUGUUUACGACUGGAUGGUGCUGACAGUUAGAAUGAUUUUUGGAGACUUGUUGUUGAUUCUUCAGACAUAUGGCCUAUUGGAACAUGUGAACAAAAAGAAUUACUUCAGCCUCCACUGGGGUACAGAAUGAAUGUUUCAUCAUGGCCCAUGUUCUUAUUAUGGACACUAACUAGAUCUGAACCGACACCUGCAGUGUUCUUUAAGAAGGAAUCACCAUCAUCACCCCUAAAUAAUUUUAAAGUUGGGAUGGAGAUUGAAGCUGUUGGUAGAAAAAAUCCAUUUAUGAUCUGUCCUGCCACAAUUGGAGCUGUCAAAGGAGAUCAAAUUCAUAUUACUUUUGAUGGAUAGAGUAGAAUAUUUGGUUAUUGGUAUGACUCCUGGGACAUUUUCCCAGUUGGAUGGUGUUACCUCACAGGAGAUGUAUUGCAGCCAGCAGGAAAAAUUGGUUACCUAAUGUCUAAUGACAUGUUCUAUUAUUUUCGAUCUGAUUCUGGUGGCAUUGUUCUUUUCCGUAGUCAUAGAUGGAUUAUGAAACUUGUUACUCCCCGUGAAAGGGACGAGAGAAAGUUGAUAAAUUUCUUGGAAGUGAGAGCAGACUCAAGCUCAGAAAUGAUGAAGGCAGGGAUAAUUCAUUUAGAGGUAUUGAUGGAGGUGGACAAUUGGGUACAAGUUGUAUCGGGAGUAGAGCUGCAGAGGGCGCAGGGGAUCAAUCCAGCCGCUGAAAGUCGUGAGCUGGUCCAGGACCAAGUGCGUUGCAGUGUACUGUGCAGGCUCGCGGGUGGCCUGCGCCAGCUGCUGGAUGAGCUCAGAGAGAAGCCUCUCUGGCACGGAGGAGCGGGAAACAUUGGUGUGCACGGUGAACUUGGCCGUGGUGGCGGAGGGGCUGCGAGCGAGGAGAGGACGGAAAAAUGUAUUCUAGUAGUUUCUUCUACAUCUAAAGCUUCUAUAAGUUCACUGAUAAGAAAGUGUUCAUCUAAUAAAUACUCUGUGGGGCCAUCUAAAAUAGUGAUGUCUACAGUCCAUGUUUAUAUAAAUAAAAAUGGAAUUUGUGGCCAAUACCUGGAUCCACACAGAGUUCAACAGCUAUAUGACCACUUUGGUCCAUGCACUGUAAAUGUGAUUCUCUGACGACUGACUAUUCAGGCCUGUGUGGAUUGUGCCAUUGAGGCCAAGACUAUAUUUCUUUUUCUUAAACCAGACAAUCAUGGAGGAGAAAUGAUAACUGGUGCCACCAUGUCUGGCAUCUUUGAUGGAUUCCGGAGAGCUAACUCCACUCUAAAUGUUUUCAAGGAAAUUGAUGGGAAAGCUCUACUACUACUGAAGAGUGAGAUGAUGAUGAAGCACAUGGGGCUGCAACUAGGACCAGCAUUAAAACUCUGUUACUACAUUGAAAAACUUAAAGAAGUAAAAUAUAAUUGA